AUGGCUGACGACAACACAAGCCUGGAGGAGCUCCAACGACGCCUCCGCGCACUGCGGCCUGAGCAGGAUGGUGAUGACGACUCUGGGUCCAAGUCCGGACUUGGUCCUGCCCCACAGGCCCCGGAUUUCAGCAUGUUCAAAUCAGCGUCGGCCUCUGCUCCGGCUCCCGCACCGGUCAAGCAACGAGUGCAAAGGCGGACUCUGUCUCCUGGCCGGGAGGAGCGUCGGGAGCAGCAGCUCAAACAGCGCCAGGAGGCUCGCGAGCAGAUAAGGAACGAGAUGCUGCGGUCGAUGAAGAAGCGGGACUCGUCUACGAGCCCUUGUCUUGGCUUCACAGCGGCGUUGGCCACCAUUUUUUUGGUGGGGUACCUCAUGUUCAAUUACUGGCCAGAGUCGGGUUUCCGGGUAUGA